GCAGUCGUAGCGUGUGUGUGUAGGUAAUACUAGCAGCGAGGCGAAGAAGAAACGCUGAAAAUUAAGGUUAGAGAGCAGCAGCCACCAACAGCCAGCGAGAAAAGCAAGCAAAGCAGAGCCAAGAGCCACAGCAACCUCACAAAUCAUGGAUAGCGCCGGUAAAAAUCGUUAUGAACUCUUGUUCAUGGACGAUGAUGUUAGCGAUCCAUUAGAUAAUCUUGUGGCGGCGACCGCUGCCGUAGCAGCGGCAACAGCAGCCAGCAAGAAGAAGCAGCCACAGCCUGCCGCGGGCGGUGCAGCAGCUGCCGCAUCGGGAGGAGCCACCAAAAGUGGCGCCGCCAAGGUGGCCAAGACAGCAGCCGUUGGCGGAGGACCAAAUGCUAAGAAACCAAAUCAGGCCGAAAAGGAGAACAAACCGAAUGCUCUAAACAAAAAUAACAACAACAACGAGGGCAAGAAGCCAGCUACGACCACGGACAAACAGUUCAACAAAGACAACAGCAGCGGCGGUUAUAAGCAAGGCGGCGGCGGCGGCGGCAGCGGUGCUCCCCGUCCAGGUGGUGGCGGCUUUGGCAACAGAACACGUGAAUUUGGCACUGGUCAAGGGCAGGGACAAGAGCGGGAACAACGGGGACAGGGUCAGCAGCGGGAACGCAACGUGAACUUCCGUCAACAGAAUGGCGGCGGCGAGCGAGGCGGCGAGCGCGGUGGCAAUGGAAAUAAUGGCAACUACGAAACACGUGAGCAGCGCAACAAUCGUCGCAAUGUCCGUGAGAAUGGCCCUGGUGGACCACCCGAUGGUCAGCCCCGUCCCUAUCGCGGCCAGGGCAACAGUGGUGCUGGCGGUGAUCGCCCACCUCGCCAGAACCGCAACUUUGAUGGACAGAACAGGAAGCGGGAAUUCGAUCGUCAGUCUGGAUCCGACAAAACUGGUGUUAAGUCAAUUGAUAAGCGCGAUGGAGCUGGUGCCCACAACUGGGGCUCGGUCAAGGAGGCCAUUGAUGAUGUCAACAAGAACGAAAGCGAGACAAGUGUGAACAAUGCCGAGGGCGAGAACAAGGCCAACGAUUCGGGAAAUGAGCAGCAGAGCGAGCAGCAGGCAGCCGCCGAGGAAGAGACCAAAGAGCUGACAUUGGACGAAUGGAAGGCACAGCAGGGGCAGCGCGCUAAGCCCACCUUCAACAUACGCAAGGCUGGAGAAGGUGAGGACACAUCGCAGUGGAAGAAGAUGGUCGUGCUGACCAGCAACAAAAAGAAGGAGAAUGAGAGCGAAGAGGAACUUGAAUACGACCCUGCCAUGUACCCACAGCGCGUUGGCCGCCAGCAGCGCGUUCUCAACAUCCAGUUUAACUUCAAUGACGGUCGUCGCGGACCAGGUGGCUUUGGAGGACGCGGUGGUCGCGGCGGACCACGUGUCGGCGGUGGUAUUGGUCGCGAUGGACCCCGUCCCGAGGGCGGCAACCGUGGUGGACCACGUGAUGGGCCACGUGAUGGACCCCGUGAUGGCCCGCCAUCAGGUCCUCGCCAGAACACUGAGGAAGGAUCUGCUGCUGGUGGUGGUGCCCCCUCGGCACCAACCAACCGGCCGCCAAUUGAGCGCCGUGGUCCUGGACCCAACAACGUUGGUGGUGGUGGCGUUUCUGGUGGCUUGGCCAAGCGUUUCGGUAAUGAGCGGCAACAGAAUACCGCCCCCAAGGUGAACGAUGAGCGCCAGUUCCCAACACUGGCCUAAAGGAGGAUGAUUCCUCAAUUUUUAAACACAUUUUGGUGACUGGUCAUCUUGGACUGAACGCGGAGCGGCGAUGAUGGACUAGAAGGACUAGGCUAGGCAGGCUCUGGAGCAGGUUACCAAAAUGCAAAUCUAAUAAAUUACAUAUAUCACAGA